GGGUGUCUCGCCGAACCCCUCACUCCUCUCCCCAUUCCACCCAAACCCCACCCCACGCCACGGCCAUGGCGCCGCCGCGGACGAACCUGAUCGACGACGACGUCCUCGCGGAGAUCCUCCUCCGCCUCCCGCCGGGCGAGCCGGAGCACCUCUUCCGCGCCGCGCUCGUCUGCAAGCCCUGGCUCCGCCUCAUCUGCCUCCCCGCCUUCCGCAGCCAGUACCGCGCGUUCCAUGGCGCCCCUCCGCUGCUCGGCCUCCUCUACCGGAACCAGGUCUGCGACGGGGACCCGGCCCCUCGCUUCGCCUCCACCACCUCGCUGCCCGACUUCCCCCACCCGGCCUCCGACCGCUGCCCCGCGCGCCCCCUCGACUGCCGCCACGGCCGCGUCCUCCUCCACGUGUCCCACGAUUCGGAUGUGGAUCUCCUCGUCUGGGACCCCGUCACCGGAGACCGCCGCGUGGUGCCCGAUCCGGACGUCGACUGGAUGGUCUACACCGCCGCCGUGCUCUGCGCCGCCGCCGGCUGCGACCACCUCGACUGCCACGGCGGCCCCUUCCGCGUGGUCUUCCUGGCCACCGACGACCGCGAAGAGGUCGUCAAGGCAACCGUGUACUCGUCGGCGACAGGCGCGUGGAGCCCGCCGGUCUCUCUUGACGAUAGCUGUGAAUGCUAUGCCCGGCACAAGCGAGACGCAACUGCAGAAAUGAUGUUCUUCUCCUCCUACAUACCCUAUGUCCAGCCCAGGCGAGUGGCCGCUAUUGGUGAUGCAGUUUACUUCACAAUUUCGCGGUCCAGUGCCAUCGCCAAGUAUGAUUGGGGCGAGAAUCGCCUGUCUGUGAUUGACCCGCCACCACCAGAUACAGAAGUGUACGGCGGUUUCGUCUCCCUCAUGGUCAUGGAGGACAAUUCGCUGGGGCUCGCUGGUGUUGAGGAUUCCACUUCCAGUCUGCAUAUCUGGUCAAGGACGGUGAAGGGAGCUGCAAAAUGGGUACAAUGCAUGGUCAUUGACCUGGAGAAAGCCAUGCCCAUGGCCAAUCCCCGCGAAGGUCAUGGAGCAUAUGUGGUUGGUUUUGCAGAGGGUGUCGGUGUCAUCUUCGUCAGAACAGAUGCUGGCUUAUUCACGCUCGAGCUCAAGUCCGGGCUGGUGAAGAAAGUUGAUGAAUUUGGGGUCUACUUUUCCGUUUUACCCUACAUGAGCUUCUACACUCCUGGUUCUGUGUUGGUCUUGUCUUCAGAUGGGAUGUCAAGUAGCAGCGUCACUGUCAGCUUUUUUGGACAAACAAUUGGAGAUACAAAUCCGAGUCACAAUUUGAUAUCACAGUAAAAUGUUUACCAUUUACCGUGGUAGAUUGUCAUCGCUGGCAAGGCUCACUGAUGUCUGACGCGCCACUCAAGAGCAGGACCUGGCGAAAUGGACGAAUCCGUCACUACCCGAAUUCUUCUUUUGCGAAUCACUAACCGAACUUAAUUCUGCUGCUGGUGGCUUCCUGAAGUCCUGGGAGAUCCUUUAUUUAUUUUCUUGAGUAGUUGAAGCAUGACUGGUGCAGGUCGUUAUGACAUGCGAGGGAUUGAGGUUUUGUAUCCUGUGGUCACAGGUCGACCCAAAAUUCAGCCAUCCAAACCAACUAGCUAGUCCUGAUUUCAAAGUAAGAAAUGUAGAAGGAAAAUGAACUGAGAGCAGCGUCCCAGAGCUACUGAGGUCAAUCAUGGAUGUUUUAGUCGAACUCGUGCUGAUCCUUGUAGGCCUAAAGGUUGUAGAAGCAUCAAAUAUGCGGGGUGUAUUUGAUGUUUCAGUUGCUGUUUGGCUAAUGUUUCACUGAGGUAGGCUAAUAUGUGGGGUCUGUCGCUGUUCUAUCCUGGAAAGUUAACAUUGA